CAGAGCCUCACUUCACAAUACCUAAGAACAUCAAGGGAGACAAAGGGUCAAGUACCUCACUCCACCUGUCCUAAAAACAGCAAGACAAUCAUUAGGACAAGAGUGAAUAUAUGAAGGAGGAAGUGGGGGAAUGUGCUGAAGAUGAGGCGACUGAAUCGGAAGAAGACCCUGAAUUUGGUGAAAGAGUUGGAUGCCUUUCCAAAGGUUCCUGAGAGCUAUGUAGAGACUUCAACAAGUGGUGGAACAGUUUCUUUAAUAGCAUUUACAGCUAUGGCUUUAUUAACCAUAAUGGAGUUUAUGGUGUAUCGAGACACCUGGAUGAAAUAUGAAUAUGAAGUAGACAAGGAUUUUACUAGUAAAUUAAGAAUGAAUAUAGAUAUUACUGUUGCCAUGAAGUGUCAAUAUGUGGGGGCUGAUGUUUUGGAUUUAGCAGAAACAAUGGUUACCUCUGCAGAUGGUUUAGUUUAUGAACCAGUAAUAUUUGAUCUGACUCCCCAGCAAAGAGAGUGGCAGAGGAUGCUGCAGUUAAUUCAGAGUAGGCUGCAGGAAGAACACUCCCUUCAAGAUGUGAUAUUCAAAAGUGCUUUUAAAAGUGCUUCAACAGCACUGCCACCAAGGGAGGAUAAUUCAUUACUGCCUCCAGAUGCGUGCAGAAUUCAUGGUCAUCUCUAUGUCAAUAAAGUGGCAGGAAACUUUCACAUAACUGUGGGCAAGGCAAUUCCGCAUCCCCGAGGCCAUGCGCACUUGGCAGCCCUUGUGAGCCAUGACUCAUACAACUUCUCUCAUAGAAUAGAUCAUUUGUCUUUUGGAGAGCUCAUUCCAGGAAUUAUUAAUCCUUUGGAUGGGACAGAAAAAAUUGCAUCAGAUCACAACCAGAUGUUCCAAUAUUUUAUCACAGUCGUGCCAACAAAACUUCAUACGUAUAAAAUUUCAGCAGAAACUCACCAGUUUUCCGUGACAGAAAGGGAAAGAGUGAUUAACCAUGCAGCUGGCAGCCAUGGGGUAUCAGGGAUAUUCAUGAAAUACGACAUCAGUUCACUUAUGGUGACAGUAACAGAAGAACACAUGCCCUUCUGGCAGUUCUUAAUAAGACUCUGUGGUAUUAUUGGUGGAAUUUUCUCAACUACAGGCGUUUUACAUGGCAUUGGAAGAUUCAUAGUGGAAAUUAUCUGCUGUCGUUUCAAACUGGGCUCUCACAAACCUGUCCUACUUCCCGAUGGCCACAUAAACAACCACGUACCUCUAAUUACAGACAACAGGCUAAACUCGAUCUCCAGCAAGUAAGAAACCACCUCUCUGCUAUGGCUUAGAAAAGAAAUGAAUGUCUUGUGAUUAGGUGGGCCACAACACUGCUUUUCAAGACACGUACUCUCCCUGCUGCUGGAACAUAAGCUUUGACAAAUAAAAAACGGGAGAGCAAGAGGAGGGAGAAGAGAUUGAAAAACAAAUGGCUAAGUACAGCAAAGCAGUUUUACUAAAUACUACAGAAGCAAGUAAACUGAGUCAGCCAGUGAGUCUGCUGGACCACCCAGGGUAUAGUAAAGACAAUCACCAAGGAACAGGUGAUGGCAGAGAAUCUGAAUAAAUUUCUCUGUAGUAUAGGUGAUGAGGAAAAGUUAACAUUUACAGGUCAUGAAAAUUUUAGGGUUUUUGUUGUUCUUAAAGUAAAUGGAGCAUCCUGAGCUUUAUGCUGGAAUACGUCAGUGGAGUUGGUGGCAUUAAGAAAGUAAAGAACUAAGUACUAUUGCUGAACUACUGACCAAAACAUAUCAUUAAGAAACACAGCUACUCCACCAAAGAGUACACAGAGUAUAGGCUGAUUUGUACCACCCUGAUUUUUGUAAAGCUAAGGCCUCUCUAAGCUGUGAGAAUUGUGCAGAAGAGUAUUAAAUAAAGAGUGGGAAGGGAAGAACCUGUGCAUAGAGUGUUUGGUUGACUGAAAAAGUCCCAAAUUUAAAGAAACUAGGGCAUCUGAGGACGGAGGUAAAGUUUUGUCAUAGAUUAAAACUGACUGAGAUGGGAAGCAAAAGUCUUGGCUACCUUAAGCAAGGAAACCAUCACACAGUGAGACUGCAUGAAGUGGCAUGGUGCAUCACGUGCCCUUGCAACCAUGUAGUGCACCCACACAGUAAUUCCAUUCUUGGUGGAACCAGUCUAGUGCAGUCACAUGAGUCUUGUAUUGCAACUGUGAUACCAGAGCAUUCCAUCAUAUAGUGCCUAGCACCUUUGCUAGGAGCAGGGGCUUUUGGGGUAACUUCCAGAUAUGAGGCACUGCAUUGUGGGAUAGUUAGAGGCAGUUGUACCAUUGUAGCUGCCAUGCUUGUUGCUACAUGUCCAUACUGGGGUGAAGCCAUUAUAGUCAGCACCAGCUCCUCUAGAUCUGAACUGAAGGUCUUGUACCAAGUGUUGCAGCUAACUAACAUUGCAACCGCACCUUGGACAGCCGUUCUGUUUGGAUGCGAAAAGGUACACAAGGGUUGCAAGUUAAGUCAGCUUAUUACAAUGGUUUCUUGUAAUGCUUCAUUGCUUUGUGUAGCUGGGCAAAGGAGUAGGGCUAAGUGUAAGAGUGUGGCUUCCCAGUGACCAGUAUGAAUGUUAGCGUUGUUCAGUAUGUAUUCUGGAAGGUAGGUUGGACAGGAAACUAGUGAAGUUGCAUCUUAAAUAUAACUUCUCUUGAGUUAGUCAAGUUUAGAGAAGAUUGUGACCAAAGAAAGAUAAAAAUGUGUAUUUGGACAGCAUGAUGGUUGAUGACAAUUACCAUAAACAAAUGUAAGGAAACAUCCACAGGAGGGAAUAUUUAAACCAUUCAGAGAGUCAUUCAUUCUGAAUUAGUUACUUCUUUGUAAGUUCUUCAGCUCCAACUUCCCUCAAGCCAGAAUCUUCCACUGCUGCUGCUCUAGCAGACUAUUCUCCCUCCUGCUUCUGCUUGCACUGGUUCUGAUGACCAGCGUUUUUGUUGGUCUCCGCUGAAUGCUCUCCAGAUUGUCCACAUUGUUCAUAGUGUAGUGCCCAAAUACUGGAAACAGUACUCCAGCUGACACUUCACCAGUGCCAAGUGCAGCAGGACAAUUGCCUCUUGUAUCUUACAUAUGAUACUUCUGUUAAUACACCCAGAAUGUAAGCCUUUUUUGCAGUUGCAUCACAUUGUUGACUCAUACUCAAUUCGAGACCCACUAUAACCCCCAGAUCCUAUUCAGCUCCACAACUGCCUGCUGAGUUAUUUCUCACUUUGCAUUUGUGCAUUUUGAUUUUUCCUUCCUAAGUGUAGAACUUUGCACUUGUCUUUAUUGAAAUUCAUUUUACUGAUUUCAGACCAAUUCUCCAGUUACUUGAAUGUUUUGGGAUUUCAAUAUAAUUGUGUCCAAAUUAAACCCAUCUCCCAGGUGCUAGAAACCUCCUACAAACACUGGACAUAUACUCCAAGCCCUCAGAAUGGUUGGUUUUCAGGUGCUCACCACCUAGAAGCUGCGUUGUGUUCUAAGAGGUCAGAAGACAGAAUAGUUCAGAAUCUGUUAUAACAGCAUUCUAGAAAUUGAGCGUAUUAGAACAGCUACUUUAGAGAGCCCAUAGCGCCGAAGCUGCACCAUUGUAAGCUCUCGAUGUAGCUAGAGCCUCAGUGCUGAACAGCAAUACUCCAACCAAAAAUUGGACACAAGGUUGAGUUUCCAGAAAUAAAGGCACCCCAAAACUUCCUGAAAAUGUUGGUUAGGGCUAUUAAAUGUGGGAAGGCAAAGAGUAAGAUGCAAUAAUGCAGAUAUAUAUAGCUAUAAAUAUAAGUACAAUGAAGCCAGUUGGGAGACUGUUCGUAUCUUGUAUCAUAAUACAAGAACCAGAGGGCACUUAAAAGACAAGACAUUUUAAAUGGAUAAAAGCAAGAUGGUUAUGCAAAAUAUAGUUAAGUAGAACUCUUUU